CCCUCGGACUCGGCGCGGUCAGGACGUGUCGCUUGGUGUGCCGCUAUGAUGGCCGCGUACCCCGGCAGCUCGGGCUCCGGCUCGGCGCGGCGGGCCGCGCUCGGCUCGCCCCAGCCGCCCCUGGAGCGCUCGGCCAGCUCGACAGGUGUGUCGCGCCGCACGGACACGGUCAGUCUUCGCGAGUUUCUGCGCUCACACGCGCUGCCGGCACUGGUGCGGAUCACCACAGGAGAGCAGCGGUCGGCAGAGCUGCGCACUCAGGUGGACCUGUCGCGGCCGGUGCUGCUGUACCGCGUCUACCAGUCGGUGAAGAUUCACGCGCGCAGUCUGAUGCGCAGCGAGACUGGCGACCUGGAGGAGGUCGGGCCGGCCAUCGUCAUCCCGGAGGGCUACAGAGGCUGGUUUUCGCUGCUGUCGGAGGACGGGAAGACGGCGCCCUACUACAGCAGUAUCGAGGAGGUGGCCGCCGCGCGGCUGGCCGUCUUCCUAUCGCGACACGACGUGCCAGCCUACGUGAUGACCGACAACGGACAGGGCACCGUGUACCGGAAGGUGAUGGUCGGCGCGGGCAAUGUGCUCCGUCUGAUGGGUGUGUUCCGCGACCUGAACACACCGCCCAGCGGCACACCGGCCCUCAACUACGCCCAGUGCGUCAACUACAAAAAUGAGGUGUUGUUCCUGCCGUUCACGGCCGAGGGCCGUUUCUACGCGGCAGCGACGCGACCGACCUCCUCCCGCGACCACGUGUUCCUCAUGUCGCAGCUGAUGAGGCAGCAGAGGACGCCCAUGACACUCAAACUCGUCUGCGGAUUCAUGCCGCGGAUGCCCUGCAACUUCACCGGUCUGCUCCGUCUGGAGGAGGUGCGCCCCGAGCGCCUGGUGCUCGGCUGCACCACCGAGUCUGACGGACCGGGCACCCUGUUUGAGCUGGACGCCGAGUCGGCUCUCCGCGUGCAGCCCAUCGACCAGCUGGACCGGCGCUCGUCGCCCGCCUUCACCAGGGCGCUGGUGAUGUGCGAGCGGCACGGCGAGCUGUGGCGGCACCAGAUGAAGGUCUCACACGACGUGUUCGACUCGGCGCACUCGUCGUUUGACUCGCUGGAAGCGCCGCCGGCCGGCCGACUGAGGAAAACUCCCAGUCUGAGCGAGCGGUUCGGUAGGACGGUGGUGGCGCCCGCCGUGCCGGUGCCGCUCUCACCCCGGCUCGGAAAACCUCCCACGCCGCAGUCCGAGACCAAGAAGAAGCUGACCAAGUCUCCCAGUCUGGACGGCGAGCGGCGGCCGGGCCGCAGUCUGCGCCAGACCGUCUCGCGGUUCUUCCUGAACCGCAGCCGCGGCUCGGGCAACCGGGACGUGACCACGUCGUUCGUGUUCUCGCGGCCGGCGGACGUGCAGUACGGCCGUGUGGCGGACGACAUCACGCCCCCGCCGCCGGCCACGCCGACCGCCGAGAACCUGUACGCCGAAAUCUGCGAGAAGGACGAGCGGGGCCGCGUGGUGCACCUGCGCUCGGCGGCCACAGCCGUCGGCGGUCCGCCGGGCGACUACACCCUCCGGCUGGGCAGCGACGGCCAGUCGUCGAGCCCCUCCUCCCCGGGACACACGAUGGAGCACUCGACGUGUUGAGCUAGACAGAUCGGGCUGUCGUUCUCCCGCCCUCCCCAGGAGCGCCCCUCUGGAGUGCACCGCCAGCGCGGCGGCCGAGGGGUCCGGUCCUGACCAGGUGUGAUCGGAGCGAGUCUUUGAGUCGGAGUGAGUCCCAUUGAGCUGGUGCCGGCGUCCAGAGCAGCCCCACUCUGACCCCGUAUGUUGCGCCAUAUGAGGCCAGAGCGAAGGGACGCGGUGCUCCCGACUGCAGCCAGUGAUGUGACGCUCAGAGCAGCUGAGCUUCUCCGAUGUGCUUCAUAUAGGGAAACUUAUACGUGCUGCAGAUAGUGAGAUGGUUACGAGCACGUAAAUGCACGCAAAUGAACAAACGAUAGUUGUCGAGGAAAAUAUUAUAUAUGAGUACUUGGAUGAUAAUAUGCACAUGACUACACAAUAGGUACAUUUCAAUUUUGUCAAAGGGAUUCGUACUAUGAUAUUUCGACGCCUCCUUUUAUUCGCAAAAAAUGCACCCAAUUUCAAUGUCCGGGUGUUGCAUCUAGCGCCACUCGCCAGUCUUUCUGUGUAUCGUGCGUUUUUAUUCACCUAAGAACGUCCUGAGAUGCAUGUUUAAAGUGUCAGCGUCUUAUAAUCGAUAGAAAGUGUGUUUUUACAGCGUGAGGAACAAUAUUUAAAUGUAGGGUAGCGGAUUUUGUGGCUAUCUGUGAUAUAUUGAUAAAUAUUUCACCUUCUAUGGAAGGUGAAAUGUCGAUACUCGAUAUGUAAAUAGGAAUGUAAAAUGCGGAGAUAUUGUGACAUAUGUUUCGAGCAUUCGUCAUGGUACCAAAAUAUAAGUGACAUGUACCUAUAAUAA